UUCAUCUGUCUAUGGCGGCCUGUUUGACAUCUGGGCUACCUUUCUGUACAUCUACAUAUUUGCAUCUAAUACAUCAUGUUUCCAUUUUUAAUUUUAACAAAAUAUGGUCACAAAUCGUAUCAAAUACAGUAAUGAAUUCAUUAAAUGUUUUAAACCAUAUGACUUUCAUGCAUCUAAUAAAACUAAGAGAAAACAUCAUGGUGGUUGGCAACGCGCUCUCAAACGGACACCAUUAUAUCGCACAACUAUUCCUGUUAUUGUCAGUUCAAACUGCCGUUCACUUCCCAACAAAAUUAUGCAUCUCCAGUCUCUCUUAUCAUCUGAUACUUAUCACAAUACUGCGAUAGUCACAUUACAAGAAACAUGGCUCCAUGAUCUUUAUGACGACAACCUGGUUUCUCUAAAUGGUUUCACAUUGUUUAGACAAGAUCGAAUAUGCUCUAGAAAGAAAAGAGGUGGUGGAGUCGCAACCUUCAUUCAUUCUCAGUGGUCAACUUCAAAUAAUGUAUGUUUUUCUUUCUCUAGUGACUUUAUUGAUUGUAUUACAGUCAAAUGUCGUCCGAAACACCUAUCCAAGUUUAAAUACGUCUUCAUCUCAAACAUUUAUGUUACUCCUGGAUGUUCCGCCUCGGAUCUAUCUCAUUUUGCCGAUGAAUUCACAGCAUUCGCGGUUACACAUCUUGAAAACUCUUUAUCAGUUGUCACUGGAGAUUUCAAUACCUGUGACUGUUCUUUUCUUGAAUCAUUAGGUCAUGUCAACAUUGUCAAAUUUCCAACUCGACUUGAUAAAACUCUGGAUCUAGUAUUUACUAAUGAUGCGGAAAUAUAUGAAGCACGCAGACGUGCUCCUAUAAUGAACUCUGAUCAUUGUAUUAUUCGGAUAUUACCCAAGAUAUAUAGCAGAUAUCACUCUAAUAUCCUCUCGAAUCUCUCCAGGAAAACACAACAAAGAUGUUACUCACAAGAAAACGUGCUCAAACUAAGAUGUAUGCUAAGUGACACAAACUGGGAACUUUUCACUGAACACACUCUGGAUGAUACUAUUUCCAAUCUGACUGACUAUCUUAAAUUCUGCCUUGAUGUAUGCUGCCCUAAACAGAUACUUUUCAAAAGAAUAGAUCGUUUCUCUUCUCCUCAUCUCAAAAAGCUUCGAAGAGAAAAAGAGAGACUGUACAAGGCUAAGGAUAAAGCUGGUCUUAGGAGAAUAAACAUCCAAAUCAAAUCCGAAAUCAAGAGGUUAAACAAUAUUUAUAAUCAAAGAAUUUUGUCAUGUAAAACUCCUGGGAACAUGUGGAAGCUUUUCAAAGAAAUUACAGGUUGUGGUAAGCAUAGUUCUUGUUCUCCCUCUAUUGAUGUAAAUACUCUUAAUAGAUCUUUUAUCCGCCUUCCCAAUGUACCUUCUAGCUUCAAUGUAACAAAUAACAUGACCAGUGACUUUAAUAGUUUUAAAACUUCUGAUGUUCUUAAAUGUUUAAAAUCUCUUAAACCUUCCCAGAGUCUAGGUCCUGAU